AUGAUUAAUGAUGAUUCGCCUUCAAAUUUAAAUGAAGAUACAAAAACAAUCGAAAAAACGAUGCAACCAGUUCUUACAACACAAGCACAACAUAUAAGUACACCAAACGAAUCAGUACGUCGACAUGUUCGAAUUUUAGCAGAAGAAGAAAAAAUUAGUACAGAUAAAUGGUUAUCUAUAUUGAAUCAAGUUUAUGAUGAUUUGAAUUAUUCACCAUCACAGCG